GACCCCCCAAUCACUAUUCCCUUAUUGUCAUGACCUCGUUGUUUUCCUUCCAUCCACCUCGUGCCCUCCUACCCAAUAAUAAAUCCUGCCUUCAUUCCUCUUCACCUAGACCCGAAUCAUGUUGACAAAACCACAGAUCGGUAUUCAAUAGCACCAGUUUCGCACGACAAGUGCGCAACUUCUUCGACUCCUCCACCGCCAAUAUGCAUCUCCCCAGCAGCGCCCCGACGGCUUCGUCAAUGUCCUCGCCCGAGCCCAUUCACGCGACGCCCCCGACUUCGAGUCCUAUUCCUGCCAUGCCCUCCCCCGCAAAACGCAAAAGAAGACUUCGUGUCUUCAGGCCAGACGAAGGCUCCCUCUACGACCAAAUGUGGGAUCACGCUGGACUCUCCCUCUUCGUUCGUCCCAUCUGCUGGACCGAGCUCCACGUCCAACUCCUCGAUGCCAAGUUCGUUGAGCUCCCUCCAUGCGACACGCCAGUACCCCCUCCUUCACCACGCGGCGCACCCGUCUCCCCAUCGAAAUGUCACAUGAAGCCAUCAAUUGCGGCCUCGACACUUAGCAGAGAACUUACGGCCAUGCUCGCGCCCGGCUCCACGAGAACCUUCUAUACAAAUUCCGUCCGCACAAUCAUGUCCACCCUCUACCCCGGGAAGCUGUCGCGCAGCCGAACACAGCUUGAUUUGCACCUAUACUUUGGCGGUCUAGUGUAUCGCGAUGCCUGUCGCGUACAGGUUGCUUGGGACGCGGUGCCCUCGCGCAGCGGCUCGAUCGCCUCGUUUGAAUCCGCGUCAACGCGCCCAGCCGAUUCCUUUACUGUUGUGCCGACGGGUUCUAACGGUAGCGCAAGCAACAUGAGCGGCGAACAAACGGGUUACGUUCAGUCGCAGCCUGUCCUCGCUUACGUUGGCAAGAUGCAGAUCGCGGCGACACGAAAGAACAUGUACCGCGUGAUUCAAGGACCCAACAGAUCGUACAACGGGCCGGUCGAACGUCUACAACAGUUGCGCUCCAAAAUGUUUGUUCCCAGCAACCCGACGCAUGACCCGUUGCUCGUGGGCAUCAUGUUGGCUAUGGCGCAGAGAAGGUUUCACGGCGAGCCACGGCCGUCAGCGAAUAAGUGGGUUCCCUCACGGCCCAUGCCUACGGGACUAGGAGAGCCUGAAUUUCACGAUGUGGCGAUACAGCUACUCACAAAUGACAAUGAGACAUCCGAGUUCAUCGUUUACAAGGCCACGGUCACGGCAGAUCUGCUUCGCAAGUUCCACGAGCCAACCAAGAACCCUCGUAAGGGGGUCGAAAAGACAUUUGCUGAGAGAAUUGGAGAGGUCGCAUCCGAGGGUGGCAUGCGCAUUGAGUACACAAGAGUGCCUGUCUGGCCGAUCCUCGGACUCAAGGAGAGAUUGGGCAAGGCGCUCGGCAAGGACGUUGUGGGAGAGUUCGAUGAGGACAACAUCGAGACAUGGGAGGAGGAAGCGGAGCGAAAUCCCGACAAGCUCAAGCGACGAAGAGAUCGCGAGGCCCUCGUCGAAGUGUUUAACGGCAGCUUCGAGGAAGAGGCCCCGGCCGACGCGGGCAGGUGGGCAUGGUAGUCUGAUGGAAGUUAACUGCCCUUGAUCAUUGCAUAACGAAGCCACGAGGCGUUUUUUGAGAGAAGCAUUCAUCGCAUUUCUCCGAGGUCGCUACGGAUGCGGCCACGGUGUGGGAACCAGGAAUUUGGCUCUGUUCAUCGAGUAAAUGGAGUUGUGGGAUCAGCGGAGAGAAUCAUGACUGAUUCUUGACACGGAUAGACGAGACGCAUUUUAAACCCGGCAACG